AUGGAGAGCAAUGUGACUGCGGUUCUCCAGAACAAUGCAAGUUGGAUCCAUGUUGCCAGUCUAAUUGCAUGCUGCGCCCAGGUGCCACUUGUGCUUUUGGACAGUGUUCUGCUGAGUGUCAGUAUCUUCCAGCUCAUUAUGUCUGCAGAGAUAGGAGUAGCCCCUGUGACCUCCCUGAGUACUGCAAUGGAACUUCAGAGUGGUGUCCUGAAGAUGUUUAUGUACAAGAUGGCACCCCGUGUAGUGAUGGUGUAUACUGCUAACAUGGAAAUUGCACAACUCACAGUGGGCAGUGUAAAAUGA